AAUCCCUGUCCAAUUGAGCCGCACAAUCGUAUCGAGCUAUCGUUAUCCGAUAUCAACCAGAUUUAUUUAUUUUGGUUUGCCCCUAUAAAUGUUUGUUUUAUGCAGAAAAAACGGCGCUACUGAGGAUGUAAUCAUAAAGAUGCUUUCUAAUAAUAAUUAAAGUAUUUAAUGCAAGCUGUCAAGUAUGCAUUUCAAGCUCUAAGUGAUCAGUUAUGGGGGUAUAAGUGAACUCCUAUUUAUUGUUUUUGUUUAUAAACUAACAAAUUCGUGAAGUACUGGCGCAAGACUAAAGUCUCAAGUAGUCAACAAUUCAAACAGUUUAAGCUAACUCCGUGCGGAAACCACAAAGAUGUCAUCUCUGCGCUUGACCCAACAGCAGCGGGACCAUUUAAGCCUGCUCCAAAGACCCGCCAGCUCAGUGGUGGAGCUAUGCAAGUCAGCCUUUGAUUACCUGAUAAAUGGGCCCAAUCCCGGCCGUUACGAGAUGCUGGCCAAGAAAUCCUCGGACUUGGGCAGUCCCGAGGCAGUGCAGCAGGCUGUGGAAGCUCUGAUAUCCCUGCUUAUCAGCGUGACCACCCGGCUGGGAGGCAGUUCCGUCGACACAGGGGCGAUUCUGCGAAAGACAUUCCCCGAAAUCGGCGACGAUGUGCUCGAAGUUCUCGAGCAGUUUGUCACCAGCAAACGAAACUUUGUGGAGGGCUCAAUCAAGUCGGCCAACAUACGUGCCUAUCGGCUGGUCAACCUGGACUGGCGACUGGAGGUCCGUACCGCGUCGCGGAGUCUGCUGGAUCAGUGUCAAGUUGUGGUGACCAUGAAGCUAUACCUGCACACCGAACCGAAGAACGAAAACCGUGAGCUGCUGGCGGUGGACGUCUCGGGGCGCAGCGAACAGGAGCUGAAGGCCAUGCAGGAGGACGAACGGCUGCAUCGAAAGGAUUUGCUGGUGCAGACGGAUGUCGGCAGUCUGGUGCACAUGAUCAAAACACUGGAGGACGCGUUGGCCGAGUCCAAGACACGGCGCAUUCGUAAUAUUGUCGAAGGCAUACACUGAUACAACUCCAGAACGCAUACACUUGUUAACGCUAAUUUAAUCAGGACC